AUGUCGAUAUUCAAUUACCAUCAACGAAGCGGAAUGAAAAUUGAACACAUAACUUACGAUGAGAUGCACACUCGCAGGUCGAUGGCGCGCCGUGCAUCGGAUGCAUCUGUCAAAAUAAAAAACUACUUCAGACGACUUUCUAGACACUCAGAUGCGAGCCUACCAUUUGAGAAUUCUAAAGAAAGACCUUUUACAGUCUCGCCCCAGUAUGGAAAUGAGACCUUGGUUCCCGACGAACAUUCUGAGAUGACUGCCUACCUGACCCAGCAUCACCGAGUCGAGAAAGCCGUACGAAGGGACGAGAAACUCGCUAUCAGCGCAAACAGCAGUGGUAACUAUUUGCCUCUUAAAGACAAAUGUCGAGGUGUUGAAACGAAAUAUCCACCUUCGCCGACACUACGACGUAAAGCCAAGUUCAUCAAACAAAACGGGAAGAUAAAGUCAACGGCUUCGCACCCCCCGCGCCCUCGGACGGCAGAUGACAUGAUCCAAAUGGAGAGGUUUCAAAGGGUCCGGCAAGCCAUGAAAGAAGGUAAAUUGGAGCAAGUCGUUCCUCCAGGACAGCUAUUGCGACCUGAAGGCCGACAUGCUCCUCCGCCAACUCGCUUUGCUGACCCUCCACCCAGAGUCUCAGGUGAGUCUUCUCGAGGCCGUCCGUCCAUUCGACACGACACUGCUUCUCACACUCGUCUCUCUUCUCGAAGUCGCAGGACGGAAUCCUCCAGCAGGGUCAGAGAAUACCUCCGCACCAGUGUGGGUUUCUUAGACGAAAAAAGAAAGGAAGUCCAGGGUAAAUUCAAAGCUCCAUUCGAGCACCUCAAUUACCCUUCCUUCUCGUUUUCUCGACGAGAUUCCGUCAGCUCCGAAGACUCCUUCUUCUGUGUAGGUGAGAACCAGGAGGAGCAGAGGUCAAACGCUCAAGCUAUCCAUACUCUCAGGUCCGGGCACUACGAGGCUGCAAAUGAGAGCAGAUUGAGCGGCGUCGGUGUAUCUCCAUGGGCGCAACAUGCUCCCGAUACUUGUAAGCUCUGCAAUGCACUUACCAUGACUGGUUUCCAGGGACUGUGCCAGCAAUGCAGCGCCGAUUUCUACCUCCGCAAGGCCGAGAAUAAGGAUCCGGAUUCGGAUUAUGAGGACGAUAUAAGAUUCACCCCACCGCUGAAUGAUGAGGACGAUAUAAGACCUACCCCGCCUUUGAAGGACGCGGGGAUUCUCUCGAUGAGAAAGCAGCGAGAUACUCAGCGUUACUUCCAAGUCGAGACUGACAGCCUCGAAGACGUGAGAGCGACUGUCGCUCUCACGGAUAUGGGAUCUCGGCCAAUCUUCAACCCUGUUCCUGUGAGGCGGUUCUCUCACGAGGCCGUGUUUGUGGACGCGGAUAAUGAGUGGGAGGGAACUCAGAUUCAGAGUACGGUUGAGCGGUGGUCUGCGAGGGUCUCCAACUCAGACUCGCUGCAUGGAAAUCUUGUCGCUUUGAACAGAGGCACCACGAAUUACCUCGACUUUUCAGAUCAAGAGUUGAAGAAGCUGUUCUUCGAGAAACGCAACCCGUUGAGGCCUCACUUCUUGCCAAUCUGGAGAGCCUGGUUCGUGAAUGUCAAUGCCAGUUAUCAUCUGGGUAUCGAGAGACGCAGAUAUGUAGAGAAUCCUGCGAUUCCAACAAAUAUCGCCAAGCACCUGAGCAUCGUUCCAAUCGAGAAGGACCAGCAACCAUCUCCGGACUUCUUUGACGCUGUGCUACAACCUCUCCCUGAUCAGGAAGAAGAUUACGUCCCCGACUUCUCGGCCUCCGAAAAGCUAUUCGGUGCCCGUCAACAUACGCUAUCCAGUGACCUUUCGGGUUCUGGAUAUGUAAGCGUUUCUCGUUGUACUUGCAAAGAACUCUGCGCGUGCUUCACAUCGACGGUUGGUUUUGAGAAUCAAGAUAUGUAUAUCAGUGACCCAUCAUCUGCUGGUCCUACUCCGGAUUUGGAGGCAUAA